AUGCGUUUCUUCACCGUUGCUAUCUCUGCCCUUGUGGCCAUGGCUUCCGCCUACACCCAGCCCGACUACUCCAAGCCUCCUCAGGGCAAUGCCAUCCUGAAGCCCGGUCUGAACGAGCAGGUUCCUGUCGGCAACCCCUACACCAUUACGUGGGAUCCCACCACUCAGGGCCCCGUCUCUCUGGUCCUCCUGCGCGGCCCCAGCACCAACGUCGUUCCCCUCUCUACCAUCGCUGAGGCGAUCCCUAACACUGGUUCCUACUCCUGGACCCCCAGCACCGAGCUCGAGAACGAUGUCACCCACUACGGUCUCCUCCUUGUUGUCGAGGGUACUGGUCAGUACCAGUGGUCGACCCAGUUCGGUAUCUCCAACCCCGACAAGGCUGUCGAGUCUUCUUCCGCCAGUGUGGCCCCGACAACCCCCGCCGCUUCCAGGAUCGAAACCCCCACUCCUGCUCCUGCUAGCUCCGAUGUCACCGUCAUCGCCACUGAGACCACCACUUGGUGCCCCGAGAGCGAGUCUACCGUCAAGCCCACCACGAUCCCCGUUGUCGUCCCCACUGGCGGUCCUUCCAUCCCCUCCGGCUCGCCUACUCCUUCUGCCCACGCCAGCAGCACUCUGGUCAGCAAGCCCCACGGCUCCAGCACCCCCUCUGCCACCACUCCGGCUCCUAGCCUCUUCACCGGUGCUGCUGACCGCACCGCUAUCAGCUUCGGUGCUGUUGCCGCUGGUGUUCUCGCCGUCCUCGCCUUUUAA